CUGCUCUUGCUUCCGCGUUUAUGCGAUUAGGCGGAGACCAAGUGGCCGGUAACAGGGACCGAGCUGAAGGAUCCGGGAGGCUUCGUUUGUCAUUCAUUCGAAAAGGAUUAUAUACAUCGCGAAGAACAAGCGGACAAACAUGUCGUACGAACUGAAGCACUUGUUUGCCAGCCUUCCUCAAAUGGAAAGGGGUGUGGCCAAAGUUAUUGGUGGGGACCCGAAAGGGAACAACUUCCUGUACACAAAUGGAAAGAGUGUCAUCAUCAGGAACAUCGAUAAUCCCGCUAUUGCCGACGUCUACACAGAACAUCCUCACCCAGUCAUCGUUGCCAAAUACGCACCCAGCGGCUUCUACAUUGCCUCAGGAGAUGUGUCGGGUAAGAUCCGUAUUUGGGACACCACUCAGAAGGAGCACUUGCUGAAGUACGAGUACCAACCCUUUGGAGGGAAGAUAAAGGACGUCAGCUGGACGGAGGACAGCAAACGUCUCGCUGUGGUGGGAGAGGGACGAGAGAAGUUCGGUGCAGUGUUCCUGUGGGACUCGGGCUCCUCUGUGGGCGAGAUCAUCGGUCACAGUAAGGUCAUUAACAGCGUGGACCUUAAACAGACCCGGCCGUACAGACUCAUCACAGGCAGUGAUGAUAAUACCACCUCCUUCUUCGAGGGGCCGCCCUUCAAAUUCAAGUGCACCGUCAGCGAUCACAGCCGUUUUGUGAACUGCGUUCGUUUCUCACCAGACGGAAGCCGUUAUGUUUCAGCAGGGGCCGAUGGACAGAUUUUCAUUUACGACGGAAAGACUGCUGAAUCACUGGGAGCGCUGGGAGGAGAUAAAGCUCAUGAGGGCGGGAUUUAUGCUGUGAGCUGGAGUUCAGAUAGCACUCAGCUUAUCUCCGCGUCCGGCGAUAAGACCGUCAAAUUAUGGGAUGUGGCGAGCGGCACUGCAGUGACUACCUUUAAACUGGGUACAGACGUUCUAGAUCAGCAGCUGGGUUGCCUGUGGCAGAAAAAUCACCUCCUGAGCAUUUCACUGUCUGGAUACAUCAACUACCUGGAUAAGAACAACCCGAACCGACCCAUUCGCACCAUCAAGGGUCACAGUAAGUCCAUUCAGUGCGUGACCGUACAUAAAGACGACGGGCAGAACAUUAUCUACUCUGGCAGCCAUGACGGACACAUCAAUUACUGGGACGCUCAGAGCGGCGAGAACGACACACUAUCGGGAAAAGGACACACGAACUCCGUGACUAGGCUUACUGUGGACGACUCUAACCGACUGGUGAGCUGCAGCAUGGACGAUACCGUCCGCUUCACCGACCUGAAGAAGAAGGAGUACAGCGCUUCUGACCUGGCGAAGAUGGACGCUCAGCCAAAAACCGUGUCUGUCGGGUCAGGAGGCUUGGCUGUAGCUGUGUGUAUUGGACAGGUGGUGCUGUUGAAGGAUAAGAGGAAAGUGUUCACUCUGGAUAAGCUGGGCUAUGAGCCAGAAGUGGGCACGAUUCACCCUGGAGGUGGCACCGUGGCAGUUGGCGGAGCUGAUGGAAAGGUGUAUCUCUACUCGGUCCAGGGGAACACCUUGAAGGAUGAUGGGAAGGUUCUGGACACUAACGGCCCUGUGACUGAUCUGCAGUAUUCCAGAGAUGGGGCAUUCCUCGCUGUUUCAAACGAGAAGAAGGUCAUCAUCGUGUACACCGUUGCCGAUGGUUAUGCGGUUAAGAACGAGUACUACGGGCAUCACGCUAAAGUGGUAUGUCUGUCCUGGAGUCCUGAUAAUGAUCGCUUUGCCUCCGGAGGAAUGGACAUGAUGGUGUACAUCUGGACCAUCUCUGAUCCCGAGAAGAGGAUCAAAAUUCCUGAUGCUCACCGGUUGCACCACGUCAGUGGCUUGGCCUGGCUAGACGAACGCACGCUUGUCACGACCUCUCACGAUGCGUGCGUGAAACAGUGGACGCUAAAAAUCUAAGCACUCUCGCGCACACACUUGCAGGAUCAGCGGGGACAGGGACUGCUGUAGGGAAUCUUUUUUUUUUUUUUCUUUUUUCUUUUCCCCCCUCUCUCUCCCUCAGACUUGUGUGCUCUCUCUCUCCCUCUCUCUCUCUCUUUUUCUUUAAGGGUUGUGUGCAAGUAAUCUCAGCUGCCUCUGUGUGUAGGUGUGUCUGUGUCGCCUUUCUGCCUUCAGCCGGUUAACACGCUCCAUAUCUCAUCUUUAUGAAAGGUGUGACAUUCCAGAGGUGCGAGAGUGAGACCUCCAUCUGGCAGCAUUCAAAACACACACACACACACACACACACACACUAAAGUUAUAAAACGCAUUUCUAAAACAUAACUCCUGAUUUUACACAAGAUCAGUGUUACAUCAGGAGUAGUGUCAUUACACAAUGCUGUGUCAUGGAUCGGUCUCAUGCUUUUUUCACCAGAUGGAGGUUUAGCUUUAGCUCUCUCUCUUACUGUGUUUAGCGCUUAUAUAAUGGACCGUGGUCUGUUUCUCCAUUCUGCUGAGAGGAUCAGUGUGUGCGUGUGUGUUUGUUCAGGGAGCAAUAAUGGGUUGUAAAGCAGAAACGGAACAGUCCAGAGAUUUACUGUAGCGUCUGUGUAUGUGAGAGUGUGUGAGACAUUGGUGUUCUGUCAUUGUGGGUAUGUUUGUAUUAAUAUAUGCCUCCACUUUUUCACUGGAGUGGAUGUGAUUCAUACUAAUAAUAAUAAUAAUGAUUGAAAUAAAGCUGAACACUUUUUAUGCA